AUGGCCGGAUUUAUGGAUCUUUUCCCGCAGCUGGCAUCAAGGGACUUUGAAAAGGCGGGGAUUUGCUGUACAACGGACAUUCCGACCGGCGAUUUCAUCUUUGAUUUCCCCCUGGAGCACAAGCCCUUGUUUAUUGCUACUGGAGGAAACGCGCAUGCGUUCAAGUUCCUGCCUGCCAUCCGAGAAUACAUUGUGGGAAGCUUCCAACUCAGGCUUUCGCGGGAGUUGCUUGACAAAUGGAAGUUCCCUACGCAGUCCCGUGGGCGUUUCCAGGAAGAGGUAUUCACGGGAGAUGGAAGUCGUGGAGGACCAGAGCGAAGGGAGUUGACUACUCAAAAGCUCAACACAUUUGACACGGCAUUGAAAGCUGCUUCACCCAGGCCAGGCAAGAUUUGCAGCUGCGAAGGACACAAUCCAGGCAAUAUAUCAUGUUAUAAAGAGGAGCAGUUACCAAUUUUCGGAGCCAUUACAUACUUUGAACGAAUCAGGGCACGCUAA